CUGAUUCCUCUACAAAACCCAGUCUGUUUUUUCGGAUUUGCAGGAGUUUAAAACUUGCUUUCUCACUUCAAAGCGUGUGGUUUGAGGUUUUGAUCACAUUGCUCUAGGUUUUGAUCGUGUCAGACUAAAUUUGGUCAUGGAAAACGGGUCAGAGGUUGGGCAUAUGAGAGGGCUAAAUCAAGAGGGCUCCUUGAAUGAUGGUCAUUCAAGAAAGAGGAGGGCUAUGGAAGGCAAGAUUGAGAUUGAUCUGAGUCUAAUGGUGGAAGAUUGUGGAAGAGAACCAGCUGAGAUCAAGAAUAAGAAGAUAAGGAGUUCGAUGAAUGAUUUGGGGAAGGUUGAGGAGGAGGGAGAAGCCAUGGAAGGGAUAACAAGUAAUGAGAAGUCUUCUUCAUUAAUGGUUCCUGCUCUUGUCAGUGAUUCUGAAAUUGAUGAGCAAUCCAAGAUGCAAAACCAGUUGAAUACAAAUGUUUGGAGCGAUCGAUCAGUAACCGUAAGAGAUUCUACCUCAUCAAAGAAUCCUAUCAUUAGAAACGAGAUUGAUUCUCUGCAUACAGAGGUGGACAGAAUGAAAGAGGAAAACAAGAAUUUGAAGGUGGCUUUAUCCCAGAUGAUGAAUGAUUAUCAAAAUCUACAGACCUAUUUGUUGAGAGUGCAAGAAGCAGAAAACAAUGCACCGGCGAAAGAGACUGCAAAGGAGCCUGAAAAGUUGGAUGAGGAUUCAGAUCUAGUAUUUCUGUCCCUUGGGACAAAUCCCUCAUCAAGUAAACCCACAAAAGAAGAAACAGCAGGGGGAGAAAGAAGAAAAGAGGCUCUAAAACAGACGAAGGGAUCUCAAGAACAUCCCAAAUGUCUUAGUCUCGGUUUAGAUUUCAAGGGCGAAGAAACAAGCGAUGAAACUAAUGAAACGACCGUAUCCCCAAGAAGUAGCCCGUCUAAAUCAGAAGGCGGUUUGAUGAAAUCAGAUUCUAUGGAUGUUUCACUACUGGGUCGACAAAAUCAACCACAGCAUGGAUCUUUCAGGUCAAAUAAAGAGGCAGGAGAAAAUCUAGAAGCUGCAGUUCCUGCGAGGAAGGCCAGAGUGUCUGUACGUGCCAGAUGCGAAGGAUCAACUAUGAACGAUGGAUGUCAAUGGAGAAAGUAUGGGCAAAAGAUAGCCAAGGGAAAUCCUUGCCCUCGAGCAUAUUAUCGCUGCACUGUUGCCCCUGGAUGCCCAGUUAGAAAGCAGGUACAAAGAUGUGCAGAUGACAUGGCUAUACUGAUCACAACAUAUGAGGGCAGUCACAACCAUUCACUACCCAUUGCAGCCACUGCAAUGGGAUCCACCACAGCAGCAGCAGCCUGCAUGCUAGCCUCUGGUUCAACCUCAAGCAUGGAAGCCAUGAAUACCAAUAAUCCAUACAUUUCUAGAUUGGACCAAUACUUUGCCUCCAAUCCCACCAUUAGCACCACAUCUUCCUUCCCCACAAUCACACUAGACCUUACCAAAACCCCCACCUCACAAUUAAACCCACUUAAUUCAUUAGGAUCAUCAUCCACCUCAUUUGUUCCAAGCUUCCCCCUUCCAUUUCAAUACCCAUCUGCAGGACCCAACUUGCAUUCCACUAAUCCUCAUUCUAAUACCACCAUACUUCACUCAGAGCAUUCCCAACAAAGGGCCCCAAGUUCCAAUCCCUGGAACAACACCCAUCUCUAUUAUAACCAACAUUAUAGCAGGCCAAAUUCAGCCAUUCCUAUAGCAAACUAUGACCUUGCAAGUCAGAGGUUCCAAACUUCUCCCGAUUCAUCACUUAACAAUCAAGCUGCAAGAACCACUCAAGAGGCUCUAUCAAGAUACAACUCACAGACAAUGAUGCAGAACUCCAUGGCCAACACUAGUUCAAAGAGCAUUUCAGGAGCUCCCAAUUCUUUGGCUGAUAAAGUAACAGUUGCUACUGCUGCCAUUACUUCAGAUCCUAAUUUUACAAAUGCCCUUGUCAAUGCAAUAGCCUCCAUUAUCAGUACUCAAGGGGCUCAAUCCCAAGGAAGGAACGGCAAUGCAGCAAAUAAUCUUGUACUCAAUCCAGAUCAGAGGAAAUGGGGACAACCCACAACAGAUCCAGUUUCUUUGAAUACCACCCAUCCUUCUGAAUCCAACAUGCUCUUUUCACCUGCUUCCUAACUACAAUUUGUAUUCAUGAAUGUUAGAGAUAAGUCUAUCACAUGUAUAAACUGAUUACCUCAAAAUCAGUGUGUUGUACUUGAAUUCAA